CAAUUGAACUAUUUAAAAGCAAAGGAGUAAAAUAGACAAAAAACGAAAAAGGCAAAGACCAACAUAAAGGACAGCUCGCGGCGACGCGGGAAGAAAGCGGCAAAAUGAUGUAAAAAGGGAACUUUCAAUGGAAUAAGAGACUUCGCCAGCAUGGUUUGCUGAGAGGCCCGGCGACUAGGUCGCAAAGGGCAGCCAUAAAAGUACGGACGUCGCAAUCACGCUGCGGGCAUGGGCAACUUACACCGCCUUGCCUGCAAGGGCGGUGCUGGCCUUCGUCCGACCCGAGUGGAGCCCUAGGGCUCCACUCACUCCAGGCCUGCAACGCCGUGUGAUUUCUUAUGCAAUCACCUAGCGGCAUUAAACCUGGGCACAUGCAGCCAGCAUGCAGCCUCGGUCGGCGCGACAGGCCGAUGAUAGCAACGGUUGCUGGCCCAUCAGACUGCGGCGUGCACACUACCAUUCUCCUUCCCGCUUCGUGGACCAGUCUAUCGCAAGCUCUAAACAGUGAAACGGGGAAGGCCCACGUCGCGCUGCUGUACAUCCCAACUGAACCCCCCGUCUUAUGGGCCACUUCGGCAGAUAGCGGCCAACAAAAGGGAUCAAGUGACCCGGCCUUCAAGGUGGUCGGGGCGCCCAUCAAACAAGUGCUCAGACUCACCAGCUGCAAUGAGCGGCCAUCCGCGGCCCUAGGCUACUCACCGUCCACCAAGAAGGGUGCACCUGCUCCAAUCGUGGCCGUGGGCUUCGAGGGCAACCCGGCUAAGACGGUUGCCGAAACACAGAGUGUGGGCAUAUACUUCGUGUACCUUGGGGCGCUCAAUCCGAUCAUCACGAGAGUGACAUUGCUCGUCGUACCUAGAGGUGGAACAGCCAAGGUGGCUGUUCCCAUCUUCGUCGCGACCACGGACCCGGCCCCGGCCUACAAUUGCCCGGGCCUCACGUACUUCACGUUCUCUGCGAGCUUUCUUGCUUCGCGGUCCUCUGCGCUGACUGCGGCAGGCUUCUCCACUGCUACGGUGGUAGGCGCGCAGUUUGACUUCAAUGGCACACCGGUGGAUACGAUUGAUAGGCUGGCGGUCGUGGCGGCUGUGGGCCUUAUCUUGGCCUAGUAAAUGUUCAGCGCUGAUUGAGUAUGGCGACUCCUGGCGACCAAGCAAGCACAUGCGAUCAUGUCAUUAACUUAAUUGCAUGGUUAGUAAGCACCCGACUGAUGACUUCCAAGCUAACACAUUAUUAUGAGCACUCGUUCGAAUUUGCGGACACCCAGUUGAAACUUUUUCCUUACAGCUUCUCAAUUGUGGUUGGCUGUUGUGGUGUUCUUGUUUCCACACCGCGCGCUCAAUAUAUAUAGUCGUCCUUGAGAUGAGUUCAUGCAUAGCGCCCAUGUAUUGUAUUCACACAACCUGCUUGUAAGUGUAGUUAUAGAAGUCAGCUCCCGUCGUGACCUCCAUUACUAAUUAGCGCUGUCUCAGCAUAAAGAAUCGGGGCCAACAUAUGCCGUUUGACCAUACAUAUGUAUUACGGCAUGCAUGCCGUAAGCGCAUGUACGGUCAAACACAGAACCCAUGGAUCCAGGAAACCCAUGCAUAUAUGAACAUGGUUACGUACGAGCUCGCUGAAGCUUGUAACAUCCAUCCAUCCAUCCAGAUAUGAACAGCGGCUGAUAACUGUGGCUGGCAUUUGGACAUGUAUCCUUUCCACCGCGGUCGACUCCGACUCCGGGAGAGCUGCUGAGUUGUCUUAUUAAGCAAGCUGUUGCAGAAAUGUGGGUUCGCCGCAAUCCCGUAUCAAAUUUGCAUAAUUUGCCUGGUUCCUUCUUUCUCCCUUUGGAAGUGGCCUUUCCGACGUAUUUAUUGUAAUUUAUGUCAUCAUAUGCCUAUUUGCGCACGCGCGUUGCUUGACCACGUGGCGUCUUUUCUGUUUUAGCCAUGCACGAUGCGCAUGUACGGAGGAAUGCAUCGAUGCGUAAUCGCUUCGAGCUGCUAAUUGCCUCCCUACUGCUUUCAUAGACCUCAUAAACCUGGCGGAAAAUGAAGUAAGGCAAAGUCGCAGUCCAUGCAUGGCGUACCUGCUGUUAAGUAAAAACAUUUACAUGACUCGGUAGCUAUAGGUGCUGCCUAGCUAGCAGGUGUACCUGCGUCGGCUGAUUGGCUUUUAUCCAUUAUGCUUUUGUUCUCUUGAUCGGUCGGCAAACUGGUGCGUCGAGUGUGAUUCCAUCGAUAUUCAGCAUGUCACGAAUAGGAUGUAACAAUCUGCUGCUGGGCUGGGUGCCUGCAUGCGUACGUGUAGCCGGCGGCGGCUGCUUAAAUAAUAGUGCUCACGAUGUCGAUUUUUACUCUACGCAUGCAUGCAUGAUACAACGACUAGGGGUGGCUACCGAGCAACGAGCUCAGCGAGAGACCCUUCUGCACGUAUUUGUACGUGGUUAGGGCCAAACUGGAAAAUUUGUGCAUCUGUCCUUCAUUCAUUCAUUGGUCCCUGUGCACUUGUGCACUACACAUAUGCCACGAUUCCGACAUGAAGUAGUGGAUUACGAUGGACAGAGAGCAAGCAAGACUGGCCCACCUGUUACGUAGCAUUACGUAGCUUAUACACUCGCCUCCACACAAGUGGCGGUCGUAGUUGGCAAGUGUCCUUGUUUCCUUGUGUAUAUUGUUUGGGUACUAGAAUUUUGCGUUGAAAUGUCCCUAUACCUAAAUUGUGGUUUCUAGGCUCUUGGGCCUCUGCUAGCUCGUAUGGGCACUCGUUACACCUCUCUGCAGCUGGGUAACGCAACCGAGGUGUAACACAUACAUAC